CUUUAUAACAAUACGACAACGUUAUCGGGGUCUGUGAAUAUGCUUCACAUAUGUGACUGCCAACCGUUUUGGAAUUUUGCGAGUCUUUGCGUUAUAGUUAUUGACUUUGGAGUAGGCUUGUAUUGGACAGCAUGGCAGACGCAAGAAAUUCGGCGGAUGAAAAGGAAUUCUUUUCCAGAGUAAAUCUUGCACUGACCGACUGUGGUAGACGAGUGCUAUUACAUCUUCUACAAAGAAGAGUUGGGGAACUCACACCAAAAGACCAUCAGCAUCAACCCUGGUCACUAGAUGAGUUUUUGAAUCAUAACAUGGCAGAUAUGCUAAUAUCUAUUGGUAGCGAUAGAAGCAAGAAAGAUGUUCUGUAUCCAUUCAAGCAAGACACAGAUUUGACCAAGUGGGAUAUUCCCCUUUUUGUUUUUGUACUUCUAAAUGUAUGCGAACUAGACGACAGCGACUCUCUCCACCGUCAACUAAAACAUGACAUCUUUAACCUUAGGAACUUGAGGAAUAGAAUGCUACACAAGGGAACGCCAACAUUGGACGAGCCAAUUUACUGCAAGUAUUUUGGCCGUAUUGUCGGUGCUGUGCAACGAAUAUGUGACUACAUGCAAGAGCCGAAUUUGAAAGAAUGUCUUCUUAAAGAACUUGAUAAGUACGAAAGCCUGAAACAUGUAUAUCCCAACGGUCUUAUAUCAGAGUUGGGUUGCAAAUCAGUUGACAUACUAAAUGAGGCUGACGCAGCGGUUGAAAAUGGUUUGCAGAAAAUGCAGAUGAUCAUUCAGAAAAGGGGGCUGUCAGUAAAUAUACCAGUCCUCGAGGUCAUGGUCAUGUUUCGAAACUACAAUAAAGAAGACGAACGCAGCAUUACGGAACGACUCCUUAGAACAUUUUCAGAGGCAUUAGAGCAUGGUGAAGAUAUGUCAGCUGACCGGAGUUCAAGUGAGCUGGGUGUUGAAGUAAAGUCCCUUGUUCGUAAAUUAUUUGACGAAAAAAAAGAGAUAACGAUGGUCAGCAGAGGUUGUCUCGUUCUAUCAAUCCAAUGUCACUCUAUGGACGCAGUUAUUUCUCUAGUACAAGACAGCCUUUCGGGAAAGCUUGGGAGUUUAUUUGAACCUCUCGAAGAAGUAAUGCGGACUAAUGUAGACCAUGCUCUCUUCGAAGUAUGUGUUGGCAUUACAAAGAAAAGCUGUUGGGCUCUCCUUAACGAAAUGUUCUGUCAAGUGUCUAACGAAUGUGGGCAACGCAGUUACACUGUGGAAUGCACAGGACAAGGUGGUGGCAUUGUCGUUAGAAUUCAACGCUUUUUACAAAGUUUCACAGAGAAAGAAAACUUAGAGAAAUCAUUUUCCUCGAAAGAAAAACAAGAAAUAUACAAGACAAUUAUGGAAAAAUUUACGUUAAAUCUUCAACAACCAGGAAUGGAAAUGGUUGUUUUGUCACCGAAGCACUCUGAAGGGACAUCUAUGUUCGGAGAAAAAUGCCGAAGAAGCCAUAACAUCCUUGACGGUAGAGUAAAGAGCAUCGUAGAGGAGCAUGGCAUCAGUACGAAAGGAACUCCAACGGAGAUGUUAGCAGAACUAAGUGACGAGAGUGAUUCAGGUGUUGGAUCUGCUCCCGCAUCGAUGUUCGGAAGAAUUUUCAGUGAACUCAAUUUGGAUUGGACCACUUCCGGAAUACCCCUUGUUUCUCCUGUACAUAUGGGCGGAGAUCUCCUUAAACAUCCCAACACCAGAAACGCUGCAACCAAGAUAUGUGAGUCUUACAACAGGGCGGGUGGAUGCAGAAAUGAUGAAGCCGGAAAACCAUGCCCAUUUCUGCACCUAUGUAAAAACUACAUAACACGGGAAUGUAUGACAGAAAACUGCCAAAGAAGCCAUUUCAUUCAUGAGAGUACAGUAAGGAAUGUCUUAGAGAAGCAUGACAUCAGUAUGGGAAGAAUACCAAAGGAGAAUUUAGCAGUAUUCAGAAAAAUAAUGCAGGCAAAUGACGGAAAUUACUCCGGAAGAGAUGGAUCUAUUCCUGAACCGAUGUUUGAAAGAAACGCUGCCACAGAGAUAUGUGAGUCUUACAACAAGAAUGGGGGAUGCAGAAAAGAUAAAGCCGGAAAACCAUGCCCAUAUCUGCAUCUAUGUAAAAACUACAUAAUACGGGAAUGUAAAAGAAAGAACUGCCAAAGAAGCCAUUUCAUCCACGAGAGUAUGGUAAGGAAUGUCUUAGAGAAGCAUGACAUCAGUAUGGGAAGAAUACCAAAGGAGAAUUUAGCAGUAUUCAGAAAAAUAAUGCAGGCAAAUGACGGGAAUUACUCCGGAAGAGAUGGACCUAUUCCUGAACCGAUGUUUGAAAGAGGUAGGCCACCUCAAGGGAAACUGAUAAGACCGAUGUCAGGAAUGACUAUACAGGACAGUGGAGUUGAGCCCACUUCUAGAAGACCCCCUUUGUUUCCUGCACAAGGCGGAGAAACCAGUCUGUUUUGUUUGAAGACAGGUCGAUUUUCAGCAGAAGCAGUCAUUCCAGGCAAACGAACCACAAGGUCUGCCUACUCGACGACUUCAGCUAGAACCAUGCGAUCCCAAAGUCCAGUGGUGCCAUUCAAUUCCAGGAGGGCUAGCCCCAGUCCUGUUGGCAGAGUGAGGCAGGCAACAUCAGAUAUGGUAUCAGAAACUGCGGCAAUCAACAUCCUUAACAAGAAGAUAUGCAUUUACCACUUGAAGGGUCGAUGCGCGUACUUUAAAAGGUGUUUUAAUUACCACUGUGAACUACUGUACCAGUGGUUCUACCGGUUUGAUGACAGUGAUAACUGGAAAACAGUCGAACCCCAGGAAAACAUGCGUAUGGAACUGCACUAUAGCGAUCCAGCCAACGUUGAAUACAGUUUGUUUAUUGAAGAUAUGUCGGUGCAACUGAAGUUCAAGACCAUGAAAGCAGAGGGUGGAGGCAAGCACCUGACAUUCCAUCGGUUGUCAACAGAGACGUCCGCAAUUUUGGAUUCGCACCCCCUUGCAACAAGCUGGCAGUGGUUUUGGAUGGGAGGGAAUGGGGAUUGGAAUAAAUAUGGUGACGAUGCAGAUGGAUACCGUUCCACAAUCUCGAGCCAGGACCUAGAACAAGCGUACAUCUCAAACCCCGAUGGCCAGCUUAAGUUAAGUACUCAAGGCCAUGAGUAUAUACUAGACUUUGCAAAAAUGGUGCAGCGUAACCUUUUCUAUACGACCGAGCGAGAAGUAUCAAGACGACCAAAGUUCGUAUCAAAAGAUGAGUUAGAAAGACGCAAGAAACAACCAAUAAUACAGAGGCCUGCAGGAGCAGCAACAUCAGGGUUUGUCCCCGACGCUCCGCCACACUGGAAUCUGAGACCGACCGAUGAACUGUUGAACCAUUGUAAACUCGUUCCACUGGAUAAGCGGAAUCCCAGAAUGAACACUGAGUACAAUAGUAUUGAAAAGAUGUUUUUUGAGACCAUGCCUAACACAGUGGCUAUUGUGUCAAUCGACAGGGUGGAAAAUGGUGACCUUUGGCAUAACUAUGUAAGUAAAAAAGAUAAACUGAAAAAGAGGAACAAGGGCGUAGAUGUGGAGGAGAGACAACUCUUCUUUGGCACCAGUAAUGACACCGUGGAGGCCAUCUACAGGCAAGGUUUUGACUUCAGGCUGAAUGGAACUGCUUCAGGUGCACGUUAUGGAAAAGGCAGCUACUUUGCAACUACUGCCAAAUACUCUCACUGCUACACAGACAGACAGAAGGAAACCAUGGGGAUGUUCGUUUCUAAAGUGCUAGUUGGAGAUUACACAAAGGGAGAUAAAUCAUACAUCAGACCCCCACAGAAAGACCCCCUUGAUCUGUCGAGUCCUUUGUACGACUCUUGCGUUGAUAGUGUUACAGAUCCAAAGAUUUUUGUUAUCUUCGAACUUGGUCAGGUGUACCCAGAAUACUUGAUAAAAUACAAGUCCGAUGAACUGUUGAACCAUUGCAAGCUCGUUCCAUUUGAGGAGGAAAAUGCUACGUUGAAGAAGGUGGAGGAGGUGGAAAACAUCGGGAUUAUGAGAAAAAGGCUGGAAGCACAGAAUAAACAGCUGACCGGUGAGAAUUCAAGAUUGGAGGAUGACAACUCGAAGAUGAAAGAACUUCAUCAAAGGCAGGAAGAAACGAUUAAAAAGCUGACGGAUGAGAAUUUGAGAACAAAGCAACUAGAGAAAUACUGUUUCUUGUAUUAUUGGCUGCAUUCGGACUGCCAUGUCUCUCUUGAAACACCUGCAAGAACAUACAUAAGUAUCCACCCACCAGACACAAAGGGAUUUCAUUCACAUCAACCGAACGUGGUACAAUCCCUGGAUGAGGAUAUUAAGCGCCUAGGGAAUCCAACUGAGAUUAUGCCUUUAGUCGGUCUAAAUGUUAACGAAAUAGAUGAAUGGUACAAAACAAUUGAUGUUCACUUUGAACAGUGGACUGAUGAUUACCGAAUGCUAGAAACUGCUCUCGUAAAAGGAUCAGACGACUUCAAGAAUUACUUAGCAAAACACAAACCCAGCAUUCCAAACAAAAUGUGUCCACACUACAUCUAUUCAGCUGCAUGGGAACACACAUUGACAAACUGCGACAACUCAAGAUGGCAUAACGAUUGAAGAUACUAACGUUCCUGAACAUAAAUUAUCUAUUUUGCAUAGCUUAUGUUUAUUAAGACAAAAGACCUCUCAUACUGUAACAAUAUAUAUGAACACUAAUUAUUUCAAAGAUUUGCUUUUUAUUAUUUUGUAUAAUUUUAUUGAUGUGUUGUGGCUUGUUUCUGGUGUUUGAAUUAGGGUACGUGGUGUUAUUAUUUAUGUGAAUUUAGUUCAUUGUCGUUAAGGUCCUUGUAGUGUGUCCAUAGUUCGACUACUGGGUUUGUCCCUGUAGUUUGUGUUGUAUCAUUGUGUAAAAUGCCAAUACAAUAUUAAUAGUGAACAUUUAAGUACUACUUGUGUGCAAUAUGUAAGUCACAUGACAGUUAAUCAUUCCGAAUCUACUAUUUUUGAUUACCGCAAAACAGUAAAUUUAAAAAUUGUAUAAACUGUCAUGUGCAUCAUAGCUGAUAUCCUACUAUGCAAUGUACUCCAUUUCGUACCUUUUAAUUUUACGCUAAAGCGAAAGUAGAUUGAAUAGUUGGCUUUGUCAUGACCGAUAUAUUGCAUACUACUCAGCAUAAGUAAAAUAAAAAUGCUGUACUUAACACCUUUUAUUUGAGUGUGCAAGUGUUGUUUCCCCCAAAAUAAGUAAUCGCUUCGAUGGUAUAGUAAGCGUGUGCACACUUUAUGGUAUUUUUAGUGAGUUGAACAUUUAAUAAAUGGUAUAUAAGAAAUUAUUUGACUGUAACAGUUCUUUAAGUUGUCAUGUGUGAAAUGAAUGAUUAUAUUUUUAAACAGUUAUUUUUUCAUUAAUUAAGAAAGUAAAUAAUACAAUGGGAAAUCCGAAUUAUGAUACUUGUAGUCAAUCAAACUGGUAUUUUAAACAAAAUAAAAUA